AUGGCUCUCAUUCGCUUCCUCCUUAUUCCCACAUGUGUGGUUUUCUUUUCAUUGCUAAUCGUCAGUGCCUCUGCUACUGAUUAUGGCUAUGGUCCAAAACCACCACAGGUUGAGGAACCAAAACCUCCACAGGUUGAGAAACCAAAACCACCGCAGGUUGAAAAACCAAAACAACCACAGGUUGAGAAACCAAAACUACCAGAGGUCGAGAAACCAAAACUACCAGAGGUCGAGAAACCAAAACUACCAGAGGUCGAGAAACCAAAACUAGAUCAGUUGUAUGGAGAGCAACUUCCUCACAAUGUCUUCGGCAUUCAAGGACUUGUUUUAUGUAACUCUGGCCAUAAAACCUUCCCAAUUCAAGGAGCUGUGGCAAGGAUUAAAUGUUUGGGUGAGGACGAACAUGGGUAUGAGACCGCACCUCUCAUCAUCUUAAGUGGUGCAACUGAUGCAAAGGGUUACUUCUUUGCAACAUUGUCAGCUUCAAAGCUUGAAGGCAACUACAACAAGAAAUGGAAGUUCUCAAAGUGCACUGCGUUCCUUCACAGUUCUCCAUUGGAGAGCUGCAAAGUCCCCACUGAUGUCAACCAUGGUAUUAGUGGCGCUCCACUUGCUUCUUGUCGCACUCUCAAUGCCAAGAACAUGAAGUUGUUCUCUGUUGGACCCUUCUUCUACACCUCAGAACCUAAACCAGCCCCUAAUGGCUAUUAA